AUGUCAAACGAACGCGAGGCUCAGGCACUUCUUGCCAAAGCUGAUAAAAAAGCAACUACAUUUGGCUGGUUUGGCGGUAAUAAAUUCGAGGAAGCUGCAGAAUUGUACAAUAAAGCGGCCAAUAUCUUCAAACUCGGAAAACGAUGGAAAGAAGCUGGUGACGCAUUCACCAAGGCUGCCAACAUGCAAUUACAGCUCAACGAGCGUGAUGAUGCUGCUACAACUUUUAUCAAUGCCGCAAAAUGCUACAAGAAAGGCAGUUUCGAAGAUGCUAUUACAUCUUUAAAGCAAGCUAUUGAGAUUCUCACAGAUAGAGGCCGAUUUCAAGCAGCAGCUGGACAUCAAAAGGAUAUUGCCCAAAUUUAUGAAUCUGAUCUCAUUGAUUUAGAAAAGGCAAUGCAGGCAUAUGAAAUUGCAGCAGAUUGGUAUGCUGGUGAAGAAGCAACUGCCUUGGCCAAUAAUUGUCUUCUUAAGGUUGCAACUUUUGCUGCAACACUGGAACAAUACGAUAAAGCCAUCGAAAAGUUUGAACAAGUUGCUGCUGCCAGUCUUGAUAAUCAACUAACAAAAUGGUCGCUCAAAGAUUAUUUUUUGAAGGCGGGGCUUUGUCACAUUGCUUUCGGGGAUCAUAUCGGUGCCAAGCGAGCAAUUGAAAGAUACUGUGAUAUGGACGUAACUUUUGCCAGCACCCGAGAAUGUCAAUUUCUUAAGGCAAUUCUUGAAGCUGUAGAAAAUGAUGAUAUUGAAAGUUUCACAAAUAGAGUAGUGGAAUUCGAUCAACUUACAAAACUAGAUAAUUGGAAAACUACUAUUCUGCUACGAAUCAAAAAGGGUAUUCAAGAAGGAGGAUCCUUAACGUAG